GAUGGUCUGCAGAUCGGCUGGUACCAACGUCUCCGUGGGUCUCAGCACCGAAUACACGUGCAAAGCGGCACAAGGCGCGGUGCUUGCGUUGAAGAGCCAGGCGUACGCCGAAUCGAUAUUCGACAACUUAGUCCUGAAAAAGUACAUUAUUAGGAACCACGACAAAUGGUACGCAUAUGUCAAGGGCGUCCUUGGCCAGGACAUCAAGCCGGAGGCCAUUGUUGUGGUCCACGGUUGGGUCAAGACCGAGGCCGACUGGACGGCGGCUGCCUUCAGUAACACGAGCACGAGUUCCAGUGUCUCGCUUGAAGGCCAAGUUGGUGGCGUCGCAGGGCUGGACAUGGGCACAUCACACACAAGCUCCAUGACUGGCCCGACGAUGCAACGACAAGGCGAAUACUUGGAGGACACGUCCAUUCCCCGUCCAGUGGAGACGAAGAGAGACCAGAGCGUCUUCGUGAGGCGUCUCAAGAUGCGAAGGCGGUUUGGGUUCCUGAAGAAGAUCGUCGCGGGUGCGGGAUACCAUCAGCUUCCCGACCCGGGAGAUGCGAAAGGUGCUUCAGGAGGUGGGGUUGUGACACAGGAGGUGGGGGGUGUUGACGAAACGAGCGCUCCGGAGCUCGAAGGCGAAGUACGUGUAGCGCUAUAGUGCA